AUGGCGUCUUCCGCGCCUCACCUGCAUCCCUCGUCGGCUGCAUCUUCUUCCCCGUCAGUUUCUUGCUCGCCGUGCUCGUCUCCCUCGCCGACAGCCGCGCGCCGCGGCUCUUCUGUGAUUUGCUUGGAAAGCGACCAGCCGCUGCAGCCGCUGCUGCAGCUUCUCGAAGAGCAGAAGGGGGCGUCAAAGGUUCUCGAGCGUUUCUGUCAAGACAUCGUUGCUGCGGAAAACGAUUUAAUUCAUGCGUUGUCCAAGGCGAAAGCACUCGCUGGAGACAGCUGUGCGCCGUCUUCUCUCUCGCCCGCAGAUGCGCGCAAACAUCUUCAGGAGCUUCUGCUCUUCCACGAAAGCAAGAAACAGGGCGAGGGUCUGACGACGUCUUCGUCCUCUUCCACAUCUUCUGCUUUCUCGUCUUCUUUCUCUUCUUUCUCCGCGUCUUCGCUCCCGUCUUCUUCUCCCUCGUCUUCCCCUUAUCUUUCGGCUUCGUGGAAUUCUUGGCCAGCCGGCAGGGAGAGAGAAGCGGAAACGCGGCCCACGGGGGACGACGGCUCCCUGUUCGGCGUUGCUGCUUCGUCUCUUCCUUCUUCACAGCCCGGCGAAUCGCGGAAGAACACGAGAGAAGAAGAUUCCAACGCGAGCACCCAGGCAGCCAGCGGGGAUGCCGAAGCAGCCUCGCCUUCUCUCGCCCUUGAACUGUCUCCCGCGCCGUCUAGACCGCAAUCGAAUCCCUGCGGCCACCCGCUCGCGUCUUCCCCCAGCUCCACGCCCUCGUCAUCAUCUGUCGGGCUGCCGCCGUCGCCUUCUGCCUCGCGUUGCACUUCUCUUCCUGCCUUGUCGGCUCGACCUUCACCUCCCUUUUCUUGUCUCUCUUCUUCAGCUGCUCCCGCUUCCUCGCCUCCUCUGGAGAGCGCCUCGGCUCCAGGUGCUGCCGCCUCCGCGCCGCUCCCAGAGUGCGCUGCCGCUGUGCCCGGGGCGUUCGAUGGGGAGUGCAGCCUGGAGGCGUACGCGCCGUGCGAAGAAGUUGUCACCCGUGUCGGUCGAUCGCUUUUCUUUUUCGUCUGUGGCUGCCUACAGCACCACGCCGAGGCGCGCGCGUCGUUUGCGGCUCUCGGCAAAGCGGCCGCGCACCAGCACCUGUCUCUCCAAACCGAGAAAACCCGGCUCGACCAGCUGCUACCCAAGUUGACUGCGUCCUUCCGUCUCGCGCGGGAGAGAAAGACGCGCGCGUUCUCGAGGUACGAGAAGGCCGUCGCUGACGCUGAGGCGGCUGUGCUCAUGCGAGAGCGGCUGAAAACGCAAAACCUAAACAGUGCAUCAAGCAGCGCGUCGGCAGCUCCUACGUCUUCACCCUUUUGGUCCUUCUCCGCCUCCACGUCCUCUGCGACGGCUGCCGGCGGCCAAGGGCCAACCGUAGGGCGGCGCGACGGAGCGAACCACAGCCCACGGCCGGAUGCUGCCGGCGCGAGCUCAGCCGCUGCGGCUCCGCUGCGCCUCGCGAGCGACUCAAAGAGUCGGGAGAAAAGCGGACCGGUCGCCGUGCUUCUCCCGCAGCUCCAGCGCCAGAAUCAGCGCGCGGACCAGCUGUUUCAGGUGUACAUACAGUCCAGACGGGAGUACGGGGCCGCCAGCGUAGCGGCGGCGAAGGCUGCGGAGUCUCUGCAGGCGGUGGUCGCGCACCUCUGGGCAGAGGAGCAGGAGUUUUUGGAGCGCGAGUUUCUGCGGAAACAAAAGGCGGGACUGGUCGGCGUGUUCCGCGCGCUGUCGCGGUUCGUCGACGCCGAAGAAAAAGCGGAAAGAGCGCUCGAAGCCGCCCUCGCGGAAGCCCAGAAGGAGCUGCUGCCAAGAGUCACCCGGUGCCUCGUUGGCGACCGCGAGAGCGCACGCUGCGCCGCCCGCGUCUUUGUCGACGGGACCUCUGGACCCGCCGAGGAACACGAGCGGGAAGAAGAGACUGAGAGAGAUCCAGCAUGCGACGACGGCCUGGAAGCCCGCGAAGACGACAAGACAGGUGCGUGGGAAACCGCACACAGGCGAGAGCCGAGAGACAGCGAGCCCCUACCUGCGGCGCCCGGCCAGAUCACGCUCGAGACGGAGAAAGAAGGUGAACUGCAGGCGUUGACAGUCCAAGAGAAGGAAGAAAACGACUCGACCUGUGUCCCCGGAGACGGGGCUGCAGAUUCGCUGGGAAGAGCCUCGCCUGCGGAGGCGAAGGCCUGCCGCCAGGCGCCCCGGCGCGGGCCUGACGAAGUCGCGGACACAGUCAUUGGGAGUCGGAAUAAGACGGGGGAAAGCGACGGGAGCAGGGCGGAGAGCGAGCGAGGACGGUCAGGCGAGAGAACUGCAGGUGCGUCAGCAGACCACGUGUUGUCGAGACCGAAAGAGCACAAGUGUCGAAAGCAUAAAACGCAGAAAUCGCGCGGCUGUCUAUGUGUUUCCUCUCCAGGCGACGAGCUGGCCGCUGUGUUGGCGGAGUCCCGAGAUCUGUGCGGGCGGCUUCGCGCGGUCCACCGCCGCCUGCAGGCGAUGCGGGAUGCUGUGCGUCUCCUCAUGCAGGCCCUCUGCACGUACCACAGGGCGAUUCUGUCCGCGAGCUGUCUCGCGUCUUCUCAGUCUUCGCCCUCCGUGCCUGUCGCGUCCUCGCCGGACGCGCCGCUCGCCCUCAGCGCAUCUGCCUCGUCCACGCCUUCGCCCGGCGCGUCGCGAGCGCGGCGCGAAGAGAAGCCGCCCGCGGGUCAAGGCGGCUCUGGGGCGUUCGCGUCGUCCGCGGAAGCGGAUCCGCUCCUCCUGGCGGGGUGCUGGCAGGUGCUCCAGACCUGUGUCGGUGAGGUUGCCGAGGUGAGCUACACGCUGCAUACGUGCUGCGGGGAGUACCUUCUGCGGCUCUUGGACGAGAGCCUGGCGCAGCAACAGACCAUGAUUCGCAAGCUCGCAUCUGCAGAAGGCGACAUGCUGCGGCUCCUCAGCGCCUCGCGCGCAGCGAAGGCGGAAACGCUGAACCAAAUCGCAAAAGACAGAGCGAGUCUUCUGCUGACACCCACUUCCGAAGACGCAGGGAAAAACUCGAGACGAACCAGUGGAUCAGACAGCGAACACAGCUCGAGCCGCUCUGCGACCUCUUCAACUUCUUCCUCAAGUUCUUCGAUUUCCUCCAGUUCUUCGAUUUCCUCCAGUUCUUCGAAUUCCUCCAGUUCUGUCUCGAGUGCAGAGCCUGUGCGCGAAGAGGCGAGCGGAGCGGUCCCCGCUGGUUCGCUGCCUUCUGUUCAGGCUUCGCCGGGUGCGUCGCCUGAAGAGGCUGCGCGCUCGAGUGCGUCGCUGGAGUUGCUGCAGGAGUUGACUGGCCGCGUGACAGACCAGGAGGUGAUUGCGGCGGGGCGGCUGAAGAAGCUCUUGAAGACAGUCUGUGCGGGCGAGGCGCAGCGAUGCAGUCUCCUCCUUCUGCAGGCGAAGGCAGUGCACCAGACGAGCAUUGAGGCGGUGUCUGUAGCGGCUGCGGAGUGCCGGGCGGCCAGUCAACUGGUGGAGCGUGCGCGCGAGAGACCGGCAUUCAUUCGGUGGCUGACCGAGGUAUUUCCCGUCGUCGAACGGAGCGUUCUUCGCGGGCUCGAGGGCAAAAGAGAGAGAAGAGAGCGGAGACGCGAGGGCGAGUGGAGGAGACUCAAGUCCCGGGACGAAGACGCAAAGGCCAAGACGCGGAGCGACGGCAGCCGACUGAGCCUCAGCGCGGCCGGAGACCGCGGAGAGAGGCCGAGGAGCGAGGACGCGGCAGGGGCGGAAGGACGACUCCCAGACAGCGCGGCAGUUGGAGAGAGAGAGAAGGAACACCCCGCGGAUCGGGCUGCAGAGAGUGAGGAAGGGACCAGGAAGGCGCCGGAGGUCGAGGACAUCCGGUGUUCAGAAGGCGCGGAGAACGAGGAGAAGGACAAGGCAUCGGUCCCAGGCCCGCAGGCGUCUCUCUCUCUGCAGACCUCGGCGAGCACCAUGGCUUCGAUGACAGAGCCAAAGGCGUUGGCGACCGGGGUAUCUUUGUCACACUUGGACGUCGCGCCGGGGACCGGAGAACAGCACAUUUCCGGCGUUUUGACCCGAAAGGGCCGAGGUGUCGAGCCGCCUGCGUCGCCUGCAUCGCUCCCGUCUUCUCCCUUUGGCUCGGAACUGACGUCUGUCGACUUGGCUUCUUCCGCUCCGUCUUCCCCCGGAUUCGCCAGGCGAGGGGCCAGGGAAGGUGCGGGUCUCGCCGCGGGACGCCGCGCGAGGUCGCGCUCGCUCUCGGAAGAGUCUCUGGCCGACUUCUCGCCUUUGUCCAUCUCGGCGGCUUCGCCAGCGUCGCCCGCGAGGCGGUCGCAGACUGGCAGCGACUGGGUGGGGCGCGACAGGCGAGGCGAGCCGCGGAAGGAGAGGCGCGGCGGGAGAGGAGACGGCAGGCGAGAGAGAGACCAGCGACGAGAACUCGAGAGACAGCCGACUGCCCUGGCGGCUGCGGAGCGAAUGAAGCGCGUCGAGCAGACGGCCCUCUGGUGGCGCGAGGUGGUUCAAAUUUCCUCUCCGUUGUCUCCGGCCGCUUCGCUCGGGUCGUCGCUCUCCGUGAACGGGCCUUCCGAGACGCCUGCGCCGCGUGCAGUCUCUGCAGAAGCCAGGAAAGCGACUUGCGAGAGUAGAGGCCGCGGAGAGGGCGGCGACAAGCCUCGCGAGCAGGUGAAGACGGCCGAGGAGUUCGAGCGAGAGCUGCCGGUCUCCGCCGUCAUGGCUCUGGAAGAAGGCUCAAUCAAGCUAGAAUGCGCUGCGCUCUGCGACUUUGACGGCUCCGAGUUCGACGCCCUCACCGCGUCGUCCUUCUCCUCCGCCGUUUCAAGACUCGGACCCAAUCGCGCCUUCUUCUUUCGGCGCGGAGACAUCCUCCGCGUCACAGUCCCUGUCGGGCCGCUGUGGGAAGGCCUCGACCCUCGCGGAGUCGCAGGCGUCUUCCCUGCUAGCUGCGUCUUCGUCCCGGCAGACAGCGUCUGGGCGACUCGGCCGGCGAUCCAGGAGAAAGACCGGGGCUCCUUGGAGCGCCUGGUCCUGGAUUUCUUCUCUGCUCGAGGGUCCAGCACGACGGCCUCUUCUGCCUCUCCGCUCCUCCACGCGACGACCAAAGGCGCUUCCCGCGCUGCUGGAAAGUCGAAGGAAGGCGAGGAGACAGAUGAACGGUCUGAGGACACCAGUCUGACCACCAGCGAGGGACAAGCAGCAGCUCUUCCUGUUUUUCCAGAUCGAGCGCCGCUCCUCACUGCGACGGGAACUCCCGAGGGCGAGCCUGCCACGGAGGGGCCCGAGGAAGCGGGGCCUUCCGCUGAGCGUCGACGCUCGUCGUCCUGCCGUGUACCCCCGCCGUGCUUCAAACCCACCGGCCGCAUUCAGCCGCAGCGGAGGCGCGGGCGGAGAGGCGACAGCGACAGUGGCAAGGACGCGAGUUCGUCGGGCGUGGAAAUCGCGGAAGGACAAAGUCAGAAGGAAGAGGGAGGGGGUGGAGGACGAGUGGAAGAGGGGAUGGAGCAGAUGGAAACGCAGGAAGACGUGGAGCUUGACGCGCAGGCUGAGAGGAAAGCAAGAGAGAGAGCGGAAGAUCGCAACAGACUUGUGUUUCGGAAGGGGUUCAGCGAAGGCGACUCUCUCGGCAGAGAACACAGAGCUGACGCCGCGGUUCUCCCAGGCCGCGCUCCCGGCGAACAAGGCGCAGAGAGAGACUCCAGGGAUACCGGCGGCGACUCGCGACAGAUCAGCCGAGCUGAAAGCGCGGCGAACUUCUGGUCCCGAGACGGCUUCGAGCCCCGCCCGAAAGGAGACUCCACCGCUGCAGCCGCCGCCGCUGUCGCUGCCUCGCUCAGCAGCUACGACCGCAUGCAGCAAGAAGAAUUCCGACAGAGAUUUGGAAUCGCGGAGUUCGUCUUGCAGUCGUACAGCUGCGCACUGUCCAGGCGCAUUCUUCUGCAAGGCAGGCUGUAUGUGACGCAGAACACUCUCGCAUUCUUCUCCUUCUUCAACGAAACCACCAUCUUUGGUCUCGAGACCGUCCUCGUCAUGAAGAUGCAAGACAUUGUCGCAAUCAGAAAGAAAGUGAAUGCGUUCUUCUUCGACAAUUCCAUCGAGAUCGAAUUGACUGGUGACCGUCGGCACUUCUUCGCGACUUUCCUCAACCGCGACAAGGCCAUACCUGGAUGUCGGCGCAUGCGUAAAUGCCUAGAUCGAACAAGUGGCUGUGCAUUUUCGUCUGUUCAAUGCCCUAUUCGUUUUCCGUUCCGGUCUCUGUCCUCGCGCAUUUUCCCCCGUAAACCUCUAAUGUGGGGAAGUGACGGGGCGAAGAUGGGCGAGGCCUCCACCGCGGAGGUUCUCGAAGGGCGGGAGGCUUCUUUUCUUUUUUCUCCCCGUGUUGAUCGAGAGCCUGCGUCUACCUCUCUGAGAACCUACACUCUGCCCCGUCUCUCCUCGUCUCCGGAACGGGGCUCUUCGCGUGUUCUUGUCCCAGAGAACCGCGUCAACAGCGAAAACGUCGGAAACGAUCGCCCUCAAGUCCGGACGCAGCUGCCUCAUCCCUCCUCUUCGCCCCACGCGUGCUCUUCCCUUUCGCCUUCUCUGCUGCGUUCUUUGUCCCUCUCUUCUCUCUCCUCUCGCGCCUCUCCAGACACCGGAGAAGCCGUCGCUCUGGCGGCGAUGAAGGCACGAGCUGCGAUCGCUGCCGCCCGACGCGCCCGUGAAGAAAUGAUUGCUCGAUCUUCUUCUUCUUUGGCGCCUGCGGGUGGCUGUUUAAGAGCGGCGGACGAAGCAUGGCGACUGUCGAGUUCAGGCACUCUGGGGACGCGCCUGGCGAAACGUCUGCUCUACCAGUCUGCCGGAGAGAGGGAACAGCCCGGGAGAAGAAGCGGAGACAGUCCACGACAGAGACGGCAAGGGGGAGAGGCGCACGCGACGGAGACCGGGCCGGAGGGGGCCGCUGAGGGAGUAGCGGGGCGAACGGAGAGCAGAGGCGCGAGGGAGAGGGAGAGGGAGGAGACGCCCUCGGAAAAAACGGACGGCGCACGGCGCCCAACAAGAGCCCCUGCCGUGGUGGGGAAGGAACAGGAAGGUGGAAGAGUUGAGGGAGUUGAGGGAGGGAAGGGAGACGACACGAGAUCGGAGGAAGGCGCGAGAGGAGAAACGGCACAGCAGGAGAGUGACGGAGAUCCAGAAUAUCGGAAAGAGACGUGCCCAGAUCUGGAUUCGCACGCGAGCGUGCACGGGCACGGAGUUACCUGGCGACAGACUCUCAAGUUCCCGGGUGUCGUCUCUCGAGUCGGCGUCGCGCUUCCCUUUCCCGAUGUCUCCUCGUUUCCGUCGGUCUUGAACAGCAUUGGAAAAGCAGCAGACGGGUUCCCUGCGGCCUCGCAUCCAGCUCGGGCUGUCCGCCGCGACGCCGAUGGCAAUGAGACGAGAGAGACACCGUCUGUGCCGCUCUCGCCUUCCAGGGAUGCUGCCUUGCCGCUUCGCUGCCCGUGCCCCGCUUCAUCUGUCCCUUUGGGGGCGGGGCCUCGGAGGUCUCGCCUGCCAUCUCUGCAUGCGUUCUUGCGCGCGCUCUUGGAGAGACAUCUCAAAGGGAAGGGAAACGGGGAGGUUUUCUGCCGCUCUGAACUUGCGGCUGAAAACGAGACAAGUGGAAAAGAAUCUUUCGCGAAGAGAGGCUACAGAGAAGACAAGCCGCUUCGCGGCUGUGGUGGGGCGAGCGCGAAGGCCGCGCUCGAAGGGCGGGAGGAGACACAGGAGACAGAUAUCCAGUUAGGAGCCCGACGCGGUCGUGGGGGUCAGGCAGCAGGAAGCGACGGGAGAGAGCAGGCGGAUGGGCUUUCAGCCCAGAACGAAGAAACGAAGUGCGGGGAACCCUCCGCGAACAAACAAAGGACGGAAGAACCAGAUGCAGACGCAUUUGACUUCAUUCUCGCGCUGUGGGAAAUCCACAAACGCAUGAUCGAGCACGGGAAUCGAGGCAUGAUCGAAUCUUCUCUGUACGGUGAAGCUGCGAACGAGGAGGGGGGCCUUUGCGAAGAAUCGCCCGCGCCCGAGAAGCGCUCAGCGGCGCCUCGGCGUCGCUUCAUCGCGGUCAAAGCUGAGACCGCGGCUCCGUUUCCCUCCGACUGCGCGGCAGCGGAUCGGCUUAUAGACGAGGUGAAGGAGGCACUGGCAAAGAGAGGAGCGAGGCGCCAGGCCGGCGUCUCACGCGAGGGCGAGGGCGACGGCGAGGCAGGCGAAGCUGAUCGGCAAAGAGAAGCGAGAGGCGACCAGGCCUGCAGCGAAGAACGGGAGAAAGAGAAAGUGAAGGAAGAGCCAGGCGAUCCAGACGAGCGGCAGCCGUGCCCGUCGGCGCCUCUCCGGACGGUUGUCCCGGGGGAAAAGUACAACCUAAAUCUCGGCGACGUGCUCCACAUCCUCUUCGAGGAUCUCGACAACCCGAAAAACCCUUUUUUCCGCGCGAUGGAGGCUCAGCAGGCGUCGAUGAAGCCGCCGUUCCCGGUGUGGACGCCGGCCCUUCCCUUCGCUUCGCGGGCUGUCUCCAGCGGCGGGAAAGGCGAGAAUCCGGAAAACGCAAAGCCGGAAAAGGAGGACGAACAGACGAGAAAGGAUGAGGAAGUGUUUAUGGACUUGACGCGGAGACGGCCGCAGAGACAGCUCACCUACGAGAUGAGCUUGCCUGUGACGACGCUGAAUCGCCUGCUGGGUCUUCCUUCGCGAGGCGAGCUGGAGGAGCGGUACACGGGGUUUGUCCUCUCCGACUCCAGCGUGGUGGUCCAGAAAGACGCGUUUGUGCGGGGGCUUCCUCUCUCCGACUGCUUCUUCACUCGCGUCCGGUAUCGCCUCUCAGCUCUCAACGCGGCUGCGCGGGGUAUCUUCUCUUUCGAGCGACUGAGGGAAGCCGCAGACAGCGGCGAGAAGGAAGGGAGGCAGAGUGGAGAGGAAGGCGACAGAGAAGAGGGCGGAAGGGGAAAAGGCGGACAACGAGACAACGAAGUGGAGAUGCCGGAGACGCAACUCGAUUUCGAGUACGAAGUCGUCUUCGUCAAGAGCACGUUUCUCCAGGGGAAGAUCACGUCGCAGGGCGAGGCACAAGUUGUUGAGGCUCUGAAUCAGUUUCUUCAGUUCAGUCGCGAGGCUCUGCAGGCGGCGACUGAGGCCGCGGAAGAAGGUCGUUUGCGCGGCGAAGGCAAGCAGGCUGAAUCCGUCAAGGCCUCCCGAGAGUCAAAUGGCAUUCUUCCACCUGACGCGUCGGCUCCUAGCGCGCAUUCUGGCUGUGCAACUCUCGCAGACGCGCGGACGCGCCGUCGCCUGCAACUGCUCGUCUCGUGUGCGCCCGGGUCUCUGUUGUCUCCUCUUUCUUCGCCGUCCUUCGCUCGCGCGCGGGAACGAGGCUCCGCGUACUGGGCAGACUUUUGGCAGAUCCUGCUGAAUAUCUGCAGCCUCUCUUCGCUGCUCCGCUUGGCUUCGCGCCUCGUCCCCUCCACACUCUGCGAAGGCCUCCUUCUCCUCUUGGUUUGCCUGCUCUUCUGGAGGGUCAUCGCCCUCGAGAACUGCCUUCAAGCGGGCCUUUCUGCGGAGACGGAAACGCCGCCUCCGCUGCUCCACGAAGGCGCCUUGUGA